CGGUCGGUCCGUCCAUUCUUUUGUUGAUUAAGUCUAGAAUGUGUGCAAGAAUGUGAUUAGGUACCUUAUUUUGCUGUGCUGAUUGACGAAGUGCAACGUAUAAUUUAUGAAUUAUGUUAAGAUUUAUUGAGAAAUUAAUUACUUAUUAACAUUCCUGUUGUAAAGUCAUGAAACAUGAUUCGUUCAGUGAAAAGUACUGUUUUACUAAUCUUUAUUGUGGUCGCAAAUGUAUUAGGCAGAAUACACAAAUUGCAACUUACGGAUGAUGAACGUCAUUAUGUGGACCUCACAACCUUUGGGUUCCUCCGGGGCGGAGUCCUUGAUGUGAAAAUGAUUGACUUCCAGUUGCCUGCUGGACCUGUCUAUGGAGAGUAUGGGUUCACGCUUGAUCGCACGGUGAACGGCGCCAUCAGCCCUUACCUCGAAGUACACUCCGACACGUGCUUCCUGAAUGAGAUCGAAAAGACGGGGGUGUCCCCGCAACAUCCCGCCAUAGUAUUCUUGAAGAUGGACUUCGAGAAAAUGAGAUUGAACAUCACAUGUAAGGGCGAAGUUGCCGCGCUCAACUUGUACGAGAAUAGAUCUAUGAUACCCACGGACAGGAACAAGCGGCAGUCGCAAUUCAUGUUCAUGAACAGGCAGAAGAGAUCCGUUGAUCGUAGCGAUAACGAUGUAGUGUUGCAAUGUUCGCAUGCAUACCUGCCAAUAAAUAAAACUACACGCAAUGGAUUUAACUAUUACAAUACUAGUUUUGCUAUGCACGUGGCGUCUACAAAAGAGGAGGGUCUAUAUAGUUUAUACUUCCACAAUUGUCCUCACGCGGCCAAGGGUUCAACAACCGAUAUGAACAUGGUGAUAGAAAUAUUCGAGAGCAACACGAACAACAACUACUUGUCCGCAGGCGAAAUGCCGCUGCCGAAUCUAUAUUCGCUCAUGUCUUUAGUAUUCCUCCUUUGCGCCAUAUUCUGGACGUACAUACUUAAAACUAGUAGACACACAGUCUUCAGGAUACACAUUAUCAUGUGUAUAUUGGUGUAUCUGAAAGCGUUGUCGCUGGUCUUCCACGGGAUCAAUUAUCAUUUUAUAGAAACAAGAGGCGAACAUGUCACGGCUUGGGCCAUUUUGUAUUAUAUUACACAUUUAUUAAAAGGUGCUGUGUUGUUCGUGACCAUAGUGCUAGUCGGCACCGGAUGGAACUUCAUAAAGCACAUCCUAGCUGACAGGGACAAGAAACUCUUCAUGAUCGUCAUCCCGCUGCAGGUGGUGGCAAAUGUCGCAGAGAUCAUAAUAGCGGAAAGUGAGGAGGGGGCGGCGGAACACAACGCCUGGAGGGACAUCUUUAUAUUGGUGGACUUGCUAUGUUGUGGCGCCAUCAUGUUUCCCGUCGUAUGGUCGAUACGUCACCUGCAAGACGCCUCAAGCACGGACGGCAAGGCGGCCAUCAACUUGAGGAAGUUGAAACUCUUCAGACACUUUUACAUCAUGGUGCUCUGCUACAUAUACUUCACUAGAAUCAUAGUUUAUUUAUUAAAGACAACUGUUCCGUUCCAAUACUCGUGGAUCGAUGAAAUGUUCCGAGAGAUGGCGACACUGUUGUUUUUCGUGAUGACCGGCUACAAGUUCCGGCCGGCCGCCGCCAACCCCUACUUCACGCCCAACAACGACGACCAAGAGACACAAGUGUUGUCUGAAAUCGGCAUCCUCGAAGGUGUAACUAAAAUAUCGAACCGAGGUGAGAAGAGACGCGAAGAUUUGCAGCCCUUGAUGCAGGAUUCCAACUAUAAUUCCGACUAGUAGGACAGUAGAACUCCAGUCGAACUCGUUGAAAGCUAAACCACUGUGCAGUGAUGACUUUGGUAAGACUUUGUGUUUUGUACUGGAGUCCAAAUAAUACUAGGAUUAGAAUUGUGUAGUGAGAAAAACAUACAUUGUAGUUAAAUCUUCUAAUAAAACAGUCCAACUACAAUACUGUUAGUUGGACUAUAAUAGUUGACCAAUCUUGUAAAAAGAUUUAGCCAAACUUAAAAGGAACGGUUAUAUUAAUAUACAAUAACAUUUAGAGUAACCAUUUUUUAUAGGUAUCCUAUUUGGUAUUUGAUAUAAAUUCUAACGUCUAACCUAAAAAAUAUUUGAUAUGAAGUCAAAUCUUAAUUAAAUAAUAAUUUAUGAUUCUGUCAUUAUUUUAAGAAAUUAAAGUUUCUCUUUCAAUAUAAAAUUUGUUGAUAUAAAUCUGAUGUAAAAAUGUAAGAACGAUUGGACUGUGAAAGUGCUAUGUAUAGAUAUGGUAAGGAAAUAUUGUGAAUUAUAUAGUAAACUUAUAUGUUUGGUAACACUUAACAAAUCUUUAUGAUAAUUAGGUAAAACAAAAUAGGAUAUUGUUGUAAUAAAACUACAUGAUGUAGCAAUAUAAUUGUAACAUAUCUCUAUCAAUUGCCAAUAUAUGUUUCAUCUCGAAAGGAAGCAAUUUUAUCUUUUAAUGUUAAGCUCAAUUUAAUAAUUUUCAACUUUACAAAAGCAAACAAUGUAUGUAUUCGUUCCUUUAUGUGUAUAUGGAGUAAUAGAUAAGUGACAGCAUUAUAUAUAUAUAUAUAUAUAUAUAUAUAUAUAUAUAUAUAUAUAUAUAUAUAUAUAUAUAUAUAUUUUAGGUUGUUUUUCUUGCUUGUAUAAUGACUUAGUCAUAAUACUUGUAAGGUAAUAUUGUGGACUUUGCGAGUUAGAGACAGGUUUUGUUCGUCGUCUUCCGUUGUGUUGUCCGUCGACGGAUCAACGCACUAAACCUAUAUAAAACAAUAGAGCCGCAACGUGCUGCGUCGUCGCAAAGGAACAUGACGUAGCAAUGGGGCCGGGCUCUGAAUAAGAAAGACGGCCUUAAAAUUGUAAUGCUAUAUCCUAUCCGAUUGAUCUUUUAGUUAAAAAACCUCGUGUGGUAUUGUUUUUGAAUAUUUUAUUAUAACAUAGCGUACGACAUUUUAAUAGUUAAUUUAAGCUUGGUUUGGGCAUGGACGUACAGUCAACAGCUCAUCUAGUUACCCCGCGUAAGCCUCUAUGCCGCGGUAAUAGAGGCGAGUUUGCAAUGAGUUUGGGUAGGUUUAUAUGCAUGUACGUGGCCCACAGACCGGUAGGCGGCUAUCGGAUUUUUUAUGCAAUCUGUCUCGAUUUUUCCCGAUAAAAUUGAAAUAAAAUCAAAACAAAUGUUUUUGAGGAAUAUGGCCUUAAAUCUAUACUCUCUCUGAUCUCAGUGUAUUCCCGUGGUACCUUCCUCAGCCAUUGAGCGCCGGAGCUCGGGGUCUUGGCUUCAAAUCUCCUAAUAACUAAGAAUUUUUCACUAAAAGUUAAACCACAUAUUUUUUUCUAAAUGACAUACAAUAAUAUGUAUGCUUCAAUAUUCUUUAGUGAGAACUGAAAAUAAUAAAGUGUCAAUUAUCGCGUUUUGUUAAUUAAAUAUUUUUACAUAUUUUUCAAGGAUUGCAAUACCCUAUUGCAUAUGAGCGUAUAGAAAAUGUUACCGUGUUAAACAAUUGUUACAUAAGUACUGUUUUAUAUCAACUAGAAUUUCAUAAUAACAAUUAGAUGAAUCACAGAAAUAAGAAUUCAAUGCGGUUUCUUUUUAAAUCAUUUAAUUGUUGAUUCCUUUCUCUAGCUAAAUCUAUUUUAGUCACUACCUUAUAUCUUUUUGAACAUUUGAGGGUCAGUCAAUGAAAAAAUAAUAAUAAUGAAAAUCUUAGUCCCGAUGUGUUCCCUAAUUUCCUGAAGGCUCCCCCCUAGAGGAUCCAUCAGGAAAUACGUAAGGCCGUAAGCAUUUUCGCGUGGACUGAUGGAAUAACAUUUAUAUUUCUGGUUUCGUAUGAGUGGACUCGGUGCAAUGAAUACAUUGAAUGCAGAGUCGCAUUCAAGUAAAUCGAGUCUCAGCUUCUCAACAGGUGAUGACAUCGAACGGGUUACCAGUUCAACAGCAGAACAAGAGAGAGCUUGCCAUUUUAAUAAUAUCCACCAACUAAUAACCAAUAAAGAGUAACAACAUGGAAGAUCUUUUGGCAACCCAAAAACGGGGAAGACAUUCAGAUCCGUAUCUUAGGAAAAGUUGAUGGAUCUUAUAGACGCAACGGUAAUUUUUUUUUUCAAAUUAACCCUUAAGUAAUUAUAUACCUCAUGAGUCAAUAUUGGGGCCAAUAAUAUUGUAUUGUAUAGAGUUGAUCUUCCAGAGCGUAUUAGCAAUAAUGUCUUUUAUUGGCGGAUAACUUCCAAUUUUUUAAGAGCUUCAAAUUAUUCAUACCUUAAAAUUUCCCAGUUAAAUAUUAUAUUUCAACAAUUCUUAACUUUUAUUACAUAGUAAAUGCAUAUCGACCAAUAUACUAUAGUGGGAAAUAAUGACUGUUGUACUUCUUCAGUAUUUCUCACUAUUAUUCUCAUUUAAGGGCAAUAAAGUUAUUUGUAAUAAAUUUGUUAUUUUAAAAGUACUAUCCAGAAUUAAGGACCGAUAUUAAGCUAUCAUUGGACCUUAGUUCAUGCUUGGUAUUCGUCUCGAUUUCGUUAGGGACUUAAUAGUAACACACUUGCUGAUAAAGUGACUGAUUGCAUACACCUAAGUCAUAAAUGAUAAAAUAUGAUUUUUAUUAACGCAUUUUACUAAAUUACUCUAUGCGGUUUAUAUAAAAUGCUGGUUAGGAUCAAUAUUAAAAUGUAUGGAUUGUUAUCAGGAAGUUUAUCAGCAUGUGUCAUUUGAUAUAUGUACAAUAUCGUUUAUAAUUGUAAUUAUAUUACAACUUGGUUUUUCAUUCGGAUAUAUAAUGUUGAUCAUUCUUUGAGUUACGUUUACCAGUGACCAAUAUUAUAACUAAUCCUUGCAGUUUUAUCACAAACUAAUAAUGUGGUUAUUUUCCGAUAAUGCAAAAAUAUAGCAGUCGAGGAGACUGGUGCAUAAAAAUGUGGAAUAGAUUUUUGCAAUGAUGCCUUUUUUAGAUAGGUAUAUAUAAAUGUCUCACGUUUUUUUCGGGCAACAGAUAUGGGCGUUCGCCCGUCUCUUUUGCAAGUGAAGUGUGUGACAGAGACAGGCUGUACUGCAUUACCGCAUGCAAUAAAUUUGUUAUCUUUGAUAUUUAUGAUGAAGCGAUGUCCAAUUCAGUAUUUUCUGAAUAUGGCUCACAUUUUAGUGUAAUAUUUAGCCGUAAGUCAUUAAUGUUUCCAUUUAUGUGUCAACGAAAUUGUUAAUAUUUCUUGAAGAUAAUUUCCUUUUAACAAAUUGAACUCGUGAAGAUUCAUUAGUAAUAAUUUUAAAAUUUGAUACACAAUAAUUCGAUUUAAGGUUUGUAAAACUAUUGUAAAAACUGUACAAAUAAACAGUAAUGAAAUAAU